AUGGCUUCCGCAGUUGCUCCUCAGCCAGACUUGUCCCUGCUACAGGGAAUUGCAAAGUCGAAAAAGUCCAAGAGUAGCAAGAAGACUACAGCCUCGCGAGGCCCUACUGCCCUCCCAAAGAAUCGCGGAAAUGGCUUCGAAGAGUACUUCGCCGAUCCGCCUAUGACCCCAGCCGAAGCGGAAGAGGAAAGAACCGAGAUCUAUGCCUCGGACUUGCCUUUUGCCGAACGCAUGCAAUCCUGCAUCCAACGUUUCCGCUCACGCCGCCGUCUUCAAGCCGACCGUACUCUUCUGUUCAGCGAGUAUCUCUUCCUGGGCGGAGUCGACACCAAUCCCGCUGCCUUUGGCGGCCUGCAUCGUCAAGACCUCCGAGAUCUGACUCCUGCGCAGCGCCGCGAGGCCACCGCCACAGACAUCAUCUACGGCACCACUUCCGCCGGAGACCGCUUCUACAAUGGCGACGAGGAUGCCUGGUGCGUCGAUUUCGCUGGGGUCGCCUCGGGCUUCUUCUCCGUGACGCUGCUGCACCUCACGUCGUUUGAGCUGGACAGGAUGGUGCAGGGCAUUGACGUGGUUGACAACUUCCUCCGAUACGUGCUUCAACAUGACGUGUGCCCGGAGUAUGAAGACAACGUCAAGGCUGCUUUGGCGGUGUGCGAAAGCGCGCGGACGGAGUGGCCCAUGCUGCAACAGCUGUAUGCCUCCUUGCCUGGCCAGUUCAACCUUGCGGCGGGGGAGCUCUUCCGUCCAGAUGACGCGGCUAAGAGUUGGUCGUUUCAGCAGUUCACCCGCCCGGAAGGAUUCGAUGCCAAGUCCGUAUUCUACUCGGCCUUUGCGCUGAUGGAUGAGCCCGACAUGUUUUCCAAGAUUUGCGAGCAGCAGCCCAUGGUUGUCCGGGAGUAUACAUGCGCACUUGAACUGGUCCAGGUUUCGCGACCCAGCGAGGACAUUGUCAACCGAGUCAAGUCGCUCGUCAUUGAGGGCAAUGCAGCCGGACAUGUCGCCGUUGGCAAAGCCAUGUUCAAGCCAACGAGCAUCGAGGAUGACUGGGUCACCCCUGAGGUGCCAUGGCCUAUCCCACAAGAGAUGAUGACGCUCUACUUCGACGACGAGCUUCUAUCGCACAUGCCCGUGGGUAUGAAGGCCCGGUUGACAAUCUGCGAGCUCAACGUGGGCCUGAGAUUCGUCAAGACGGUGGACAUUAUCGUUCCGUCGUUUUACAUGUAUCUACCUCAGGAGUUGAUGCGAUACUACAAGACGCCUCAAGAAACGGAUCGUCCGGCGCCGUCAGUGCAGGAUCCUGAUGCAGAGGAGAAGCAGCAUUCUAUGGCUGCGAGGGACUGA